AUGGAACUGUAUGAGUAUGUCAUUGAAGCAUUGGAUACAAUUUCGGAAUGGGACGAUAACGAUACUUCGAAUAAAGCAAGACGUCUUAGAAGUUCUAUUUUAGAUAUAGAGUUUGUGAUAUCAUUAUUCGUACUAAACAAAGGUUUUAGUAUAGGUUUACCACUUUCAAAGUUCCUACAAAAACCAAAUAUUGAUCUUAAAUUGGCUGUACAAUUAGCAAACGAUACACAAAAAGAAUUACAAGAAAUUCGAACACACGCCGAUGAUGUUUUCAAGGAAAUAUUUGAAGAAGUAAAAGUAGUAGCCGAAAAAUUUGAUAUUGAAAUUAAAAUUCCGAGAUUAACAAAAAAACAAACUAAUAGAUGCAAUAUACCAUUAAAUACUCCGGAACAAUAUUAUCGAGCAUCAAUUUUUAUUCCUUAUCUUGACAAAUUUAUUACAGAGUUAGAAGAAAGGUUCAAUGUUCAUCGUUCGAUUUUAUCAGGUUUCGAUUCUCUAUUUAGGGAAAAUGGUCCCAUCGAAGAUAUUAUAAUUCUUUCAAAUAAAUAUAUUGAAGAUUUACAGAAUGAUGGAUCUCAAAAUCAAAUUAUUGAAGCAGAAUACAAAUUAUGGCAGAGAAAACUGAUGCAAACAACAGAGAAACCAAAUAAUGCUGUAGAGGCUAUGGCUAUGUGUAACCAGUUAAUUUAUCCAAAUAUAUUUAAACUUCUUCAAAUCUUAGUCACACUUCCUGUUUCCUCUGCAACAAAUGAAAGAACAUUUUCAAAUUUAAAAAGAAUUAAAACAUAUCUAAGGAAUUCCAUGUCAGAGGGAAGAUUGAACGGUUUAGCGAUGUUAUCAAUAAAUAAAAACUACUCAAUAAAACCGGAAGAAGUUAUUGAAGAACUGGCGAGAAAAAAAAGACGUUUACCUUAUUAUAAAAAACUCUUAAUUUGUAUUAAUAAAUCAUAA